CGGAGCUCACAUUCUCCGUGUGAUAUACUCAAGUAUACGCUGACGACGACGCGGGGGCCAGUUCUCUGUUGAACAUAUCCUCCUCGGAUGCUCACGCCCCGGAGCUUUUCCCUCUGUCUCUUUCCUACAGCCUCGGGGUACUCCAGCCCAGACCGCCUUCGCAUCCUCGUCCCGGAGAAGGUGUCCCCCGACGGCCUCGCCCUGCUCUCAGCCGAGUUCGACGUCGACUCGCGGCCGGGGGGCCUGUCCGCGGACGAGCUCAUCGCCUGCAUCCCGUCCUACCAUGGCCUGAUUGUGCGGUCCGAGACCAGGGUCACCGCCGCGGUGCUGAGCGCGGGCCGCAAGCUGCGCAUGGUGGCGCGGGCCGCCGUGGGCAUGGACAACAUCGACGUCGGGGCGGCGACCAAGAACGGCGUUAUCGUGGUCAACUCGCCCGCGGGCAACAUUGUCGCGGCCGCCGAGCACACGGUGGCGCUGCUCCUCGCGACGGCGCGCAACGUCGGGCGCAAGACGCUGGGCAUCAUCGGCCUGGGCAAGGUCGGGAUGAAGGUCGCGCGCAUGUUCGUCGGCCUGGGCAUGCAGCUCCUCGCCGUCGGACCCUACGCGAGCCCCGCGCUGGCCAAGCAGGCCGGCAUCGAGCUCGCGGCCGGGCUGGCGGACCUGCUGCCCGUCGUGGACUUCCUGACUAUCCACACGCCGCUCCUGGCGUCGACGCUGGACCUGCUCGGCGAGGCCGAGUUCCGGCAGAUGAAGAGCCCUGCGAGGGUGCUCAACGUGGCGCGGGGCGGCGUGUACAACGAGGCGGCCCUGCUGAGGGCGCUGGACCAGGGCUGGAUCGCGGGCGCCGGGCUCGACGUCUUCACCACGGAGCCGCCCGAGAAGGGCAGCGUGGCGGCACAGCUCGCCGCGCACGACAAGGUCGUCUGCACGCCGCACCUGGGCGCCAGCACCGCCGAGGCGCAGGAGAACGUCAGCCUCGACGUGUGCUCGCAGAUGCUCACCAUCCUGCGCGGCGGCCUGCCCACCGCCGCCGUCAACGCCCCCUUGAUCCUCCCCGGCGAGUACCGCAAGCUGCAGCCCUACGUCAAGCUCGUCGAGCGCAUGGGCGCCCUGUACACGCAGCACUACGCCCCGGCCGGCGGCGGCCGCGGGGGCAUGGUCGGCGGCACAAAGUUCGAGCUCGUCUACGAGGGCGAGCUGUCGGGCGUCUCCAACACGCGCCCGCUCUUCGCCGCGCUCGUCAAGGGUCUGGUAUCGGUCAUCUCCGACUCUGGCGGGCGGGACGUCAACAUCGUCAACGCCACGCUCAUCGCAAAGGACAAGGGCAUCGUCAUCAACGAGAUCCACGAGCACGGCGGCUCCGGCGACGGCGCUGGGGCCUACGCGAGCCUCGUCACCCUGCGCACCCGUAGCACCAGUCGUCUUGCCGGCAGCGGUGGUCGCGGAGGCCAGAUGAUCCAGGGCUACGUGUCCGGCAAGAACGUCUACAUCUCCAAGCUCGGCCGCUUCACGGCGAGCUUUAUCCCCGAGGGCACGCUGGUCAUCUUGCACAACUACGAUGAGCCGGGCAAGAUUGGUGGCGUCAGUGUCGCGCUGGGCAAGCAUGGGAUCAACAUUCGGUUCAUGCAAGUCGCUAGUCUUGAAGAGGAGGACGAGGAGGGUGAUGGGAGAUGGAUUCUGCUGUUACUGGUGUCGAGGGUGUGCAGGAGGGAGGCCGAGACGGAGGCAAGGAGGCGCUCAUGACUUGGUGUUAGUGGGGACGUGAAUCGGGAGGUGGCGGAGGAUCUGGAGAGGUCAGAGGGUAUUCUGGAUGUCAGUCUUAUCAGGCUUGAGGGGUAAAUUGUGAGUGGACAUAUUGGAUGAAGCCAGCGUGGUCUUGUAUCUUCAGGGUUUCAGACCAUGGAACCCCUACACUGGGUAGAUUCUUCAGGUAUGUGGAUGCGAAUCUGCUGUAUGCACCCACAUCGAACACCGACUUCAUCUGUCUAUUGGCAGGUCAGGCGCCAAGUUGUGUGCAAGUGAAGUUGCCCGCUAUAUCAUGGGCGUACAGUCACGCAUGAGGACAAUGCGGGUCGGCACAUUGGCUUUGGGGUAAACUACACUUUUCU